UAAACGUCUUAAUAAGUUAGCUAACUGUCCAGACAGUCUGUUUGGGAGGUAAAAGCUGUUUUUCUGAUGGCGCUGGUUCUCAUUUUACGUGGUUAUGUUGUCGGUAGGCCGGUUUAAAAGACGUAUAGACAAACAGCGAUACGCGUAAGGCCUCAAAAAAAACACCCUUCUAUUAGCUAGCAGCAGGCCUGAGCAGUUUGAGUCGUCCUCUUCUCCGGAUUUUAAUAUUUCCGACUGUUUGUGACAGCACUUAAAUGCAGCAGAGCCGUUUGAGCGCCAAACUACGGAGCUGUUAGCAUAAAGUAGCUAUUAGCUGCAGUUGGUCAGAGGUUCCUAUAAUUUUUAGUUUUUCAGGGUAAAAAGUAGUAAGAAAUACCAUAUUCAACGCCAUAGUUACUAGCUGAAAGUAGCUAACAUCCCCUUGUAAAUAGACUGGACUUAGUGCUAUGUUUCGGGGUAAGACUGCCUGGUUUUCAAGCAGUGUGCCACAAACAUGUCACAACUUUUGGAUAUUGGAGGGUGGCACUAUUGCUAGUUGGAAGGCAGCAGAUUACCUUUUCAGUGAGGAUGCUACAUGCCCAGAUACUCUCAGGAUAUUUGAGAGCAAAGAUUACCUCUGGAACAAGGUGACAGUUUUUCACAGCUUCUUUCUGUCCGUCUGUGAGAGGUGGCAGAGUGUGAAGUCUGUGUGCAUUGGUCAUUAUGUGCUGCCUCCAGCCACCGUGCAGGACGAGGUGAGGACUGUGGUUGGGAGGUUGAUUUGGGAGUAUGAAGAUGAACAGUCAGCAACACAGGGCUCCCAGAAGAGUUUUAGUCACUUGACAGAGGAGGACUUCAAUGAAGAAGUCAGCAGGAGCAACUUUGAACCAUCUGAGACAGACUCAACAGAAAGUGAAGCUCCUCUAUGUAAUCAUUUGGGAAUUUGUCCAGAUAGUAGCAUGCUAACAGGCCAUAUCAGCAUGGACAACUUGCAGAAAUAUCAAGGUGAACUCUGUGAUUUCCAACCGGAGUGUGUCCAGUGCUGCAAAUGUAAAGCAAACAUAUACAAAACUAAAGCAUGCUAAAGCUUGCUGUGCUGCUCACAUUUGUAUAUUGCAGAUAAUGUACUGACAAACAAGUGAGUUAUAAUGUCUGCUUAUAGUGUCUGUAUUGCCUUUCUGCACACAUGUAUUUUGUUUAAAUGCAAACUCACAUUAAAAAAAUGUGUAACAUGGCUAAUACUAAUAUCAUAUUGGAAUGUUGUCCUUAUUAAUUCAUUGUUUCUGAAAAAUACAGGAUUUUAUCCCCUUGACUAACACCCCAAUUUUCUUGUUGUCUCAUGAAAUUAAUCUUCCUUAAAAGGGCGACUGAUUCUAAUGCAUGCAAAUUUAUCAUUAAGAUCUUCUCUUACAAUAUAGAACUAUGUGAGCCACAGGAAUGGACAGCUGACUUGCUAUGCAGCUAUAGCUUACUAAAUGUUACUUACUACUUACUCAUAAAUAUAAGUGUCAAGACAUCCACAAUUAUGGUGCUCAGUACUGUUUGUUUAUUUAUUUAUUGAAUCUCUUUUUCUUUUGUGUUGGUUUUCUUUUUUUAAUUUUUUUUUUCUUUCUGUUUUAUUGAUGGGCAGUUAGUAGUUGGGAAUAACACACCACCUUACAAUCUUUAAUUGCAAUAGCACCGCCUGUUAUUUUCUGUCCCUGUUCAUCCUGUUCAUCCUGUUCGUCCUGUCCAGUCUUUGUUUCCCCCACACAUCACUGAGGUGUAGCACUGCCCUCCCUGGCUCAUAAUAGGGAAUUCUAAUAAAGAAUGUCUGCUUAGCUUUCAGGGAGGGCUGGUGAUGGUCACACACAUGCACUAAAUAUUAAAAUAUUUGGCUGCAAGACUAAAAUAUGCAUCAUUCUCAUACAAUGUUGACACCUCUUUUGUGGAGUUAAACAAUGAGAACAAAUGCAGACAAAAAAAAAAAAGGGCGACUGAUUCUAAUGCAUGCAAAUUUAUCAUUAAGAUCUUCUCUUACAAUAUAGAACUAUGUGAGCCACAGGAAUGGACCUUAUGAGUUCAGCUGACUUGCUAUGCAGCUAUAGGUUACUAAAUGUUACUUACUACUUACUCAUAAAUAUAAGUGUUACACAGUUCUGUUGACCAGCAACUUCCUGUAAUAUUCUUUAACAAAACUGAUGGGGCUGAUAGAUGGAUAAACUAAUCUUGCUAGUCUUGUAGUGGACAUUGCAUUUAAGUGCACAAAAUAUCAACCUGCAGUGUUUUUAUUUACUAGUGCAAAGAUGUGAAACGUUUGCAUUUCACUGAGAAACUAAAUAAGAAAUAUGAGGACACAGUUUUAUCUUUGGUGUAAGCACCUAACGAGCAAAGCCUCGAGAAUAAUAGAAAUGUAUUGUGGUCAUAUCUGGAGAAUCCUUGAGAACCGCAAUAUUAAUCUUAAUAGUGCAGGUUUCGUAUAAAAAUAUGCCUUAAUUCAGAUCAGUUUCAGUCUAACAAAACGAGCAUGCUUUUAACGAGGUACUCUAAGUGGACAUCGGAUUCGACUAUUACUACACGAGUUGAGGGGAUUAUUUGUUGAUUUCAUCACGGCAUUUGGACUUUAACACUUAAUAGAAGCUUUCAGUUAAUAACAGCAUAAUAUAACCGUAUUUUAAAUUAAGAUUAAGCAGUAGUUGAAGUUACCUGUACUUUUGUAUGUGCAGCCACUUGACUUGACAUGGUAGCGUCCAUCCCUGCGAAGUGAACUGUGCCGCCGCUGUUUGGCCAAUCAGAUGCUUUGUUUUGGUACCGGCCCCGCUACCAGGAAGUAAAACAUGCAGACUGCUCCUGGACUUUGACGUGACUGAGGUUGAACACAGUGAGAUUUCUCUUUGGACUAGUGAUGGUGAAAUCGAAGCUUCAUGAAGCAAUGAACCACAACUGCUUCAAGAAUGACACACUGCUUCGAAGCAUUUGAUACAACCAGAAGAGCGACAUCUGCUGGCUCUGUGUCAGAACUGCAUCUAAGCGGAAAAAAAUGAAAAAGCCUCAGGACUGCUUGUCUCACACUGCUUUGUACUUGCAAUAAACGUUUUAAAAACGUUAUAUAUGUUUGUUUGCAUGCAUUUAUAUGUGUUUUUGUGUAUAUGUGUGUGUGUGUGUGUGUGUGUGUGUGUAUAGAUAUACAUACAUAUGGUGUGUAUAGAGGUACUGGGGGACAGGAAAGUGCUUCUGCAACUUUGCCAUUGUGGCAGUAUAAAUGGAGUGUAAACCAGGGAGUGCAUGGUUUCAGUCUGUUUCUUUUGUGGCUGACUACCUCUACAGCUUUGGAGAAGAUCUGCUCACAUGGCACAGAUGUUGCUGGCAUGUGGAGAUAUUUUUUGGCCAUCCUGAAGAGGUUUGGAUACAGUUUGACGUGAUGCCCAGUAGGUGAGCGGGUCUUCUCCUCUGGACAGGUAGACACACAACUCACAACACACUCUUUCAACCACUCAAACUACUCUCUCUAUGUACCUAUCUAUAACCUAUUCUACUAUAUGUGUAGUGUGUUUCUAUGAAGGAAUGAAUGUGUGUUGUGCAUGUGUGAAUCUAUGUGUAUGUAUCUAUGAGUGUUAUUUAGUGUAUGAAAUGUAACUAAAUCUAUCUAAACUUAAUUCUACCUAAAUGUGUUCUCUCUCUAACUUCUUUCCAAAUGGCAAAUGUACCAGCAUAAUCUCCUCUCAAAAACCCACAGUU